AUGAUCAAAGCAAGAGAGGAGAAGGUGAAGAAUGGUGAAUCAGAUGGUUAUGGGAAAGAUUUCUUUGGGACAUUGCUAGAAUCCAACCAUGAUACACAAGAUGGUGCUAAGCAUUCCUUGCAAGAUAUCAUAGAUGAAUGCAAGACCUUCUAUUUUGCUGGUCAUGAGACUACCAAUGGCCUACUCAUCUGGGCAGUUGUUCUCUUAGCCAUGCACCCAAAGUGGCAAGAGAAGGCGAGGAAAGAGAUGAACAUGAUCAUCAACGAGUCAUUGAGGCUAUACCCACCAGUUGUUAUGAUAACAAGAAAAUUAAAGAGAGCAGUAAGAGUUGGCAAAUUCACCAUACCAUCAGGAAUCGAGUUGGUGCAACCGACACUAGCAAUACACCAUGAUCCAGGGCAAUGGGGCAACGAUGCGAACCUUUUCAAACCCAAACGCUUUUCGCAAGGACUGAUGAAUGCAACAAGGAGUCCAAUGGCCUUCUUACCAUUUGGUUAUGGCCCUCGCACAUGUUUAGGCCUGAAUUUUGCCAUUCUGGAGUCCAAAUUGGCUCUCUCAAUGAUUCUUCCACGCUAUGCUCUCAUGCCCUCACCUUCUUACCAUCAUGCUCCUAUAGUAGGGAUUACCUUGGCUCCACAACAUGGAGUUCCUAUCAUCAUUAAUCCUUUGCAAUGA